AUGAAUUUCAAGCUGGAGUUACACACAAACAGAUAUGUAGAUGGACUUGGUAAUUCUUUUACUUUGGACCCGGACGUCAUGGAUUUGGACUUCCAGACAGCUCCAUUAGAGUCCUGUUUUUGUUACAGUGAUUACAAUGAAGCAGUCCCUCCAACUAAAAUUGAAGCUGACAAUUUACAUUCCAACAUGGAGUGUGAUGAUGUAGAUGUAGACGUUAGCUCUGAACAGGAUGAAACCUAUAAAUUUAAAAGAGGUCCAUACAGAUACUACUCUGAAGCAGAGAAGCAAAGAUUCUGGCAACUAGUUAUCGAACAAGGGUCUUCUGCGUACAGAGCUGCACAAGCGCUCAAUAUCAGUUUACAAACAGCUUAUACUUGGAAAAGAAAUUGGAAUUGCCUUAUUGCUAACGAAAUUAAUGGUAUUUAUGACGAACCUAAAAAGCGUGGCCGCAAACCUCUUCUCACCCAAGAGCACAAAUUCUUUUUGAAGGAUUUGGUUCUUUCUGACCCUACUGUUACCUUGGACUUCUUGUUGGAUAAACUAAGGAGUACAUUUGAGGGUGUGAAGGCAAGUAUUUCUACUAUUUAUAACUUUCUCACCAAGGUAUGCAAGUUUAGUCUCAAGAGACUUUCCAAAUGGGCCAUGAGAAGGGAUCUGCCAGAAUUGAAACAGCAGAGAUUCGAGUGGGCACUUGAAAAUAAGGAUAAAAUUGACCUUGAAAAGAAUUGCGUUUUCAUUGAUGAGGCUGGUUUCAACAUUAGUAUGAGACGGGAAUACGGGUGGUCAAAAGUAGGUGAAAAGGCUGUCCUUAAAGUUCCUGUCACCAGAGGUCUCAAUGUGUCAUUCUUGGGUGCUAUCUCUCCAAAAGGGUGUAUUUACUUGAAGGUACGACUCCCAGCCGAGACUUCUCCUAACAAGAAGAGAAAAGUCAAUUCCAACACUACCAUUGCGGAAAAGAAGACAAGGGUUGGUACCACAGCUGAUCAUUUCUACUCAUUUGUGAAGUCUGUGCUUGGAGAAAUUGAGGCAAGCCAGGCACUUAAGGAAAUGAAGUAUUUGGUACUUGAUAACGCAGCCAUCCAUAAACGUCGUGACCUCGAGUUAUUGGUGGCUCUGAGUGGAAUGGAACUAGUAUUUUUGCCAGCUUACUCACCUUCAUUAAAUGCAAUUGAAGAGUUUUGGUCGGUAUGUAAGACUAAAGUUAAACGGUCAAACUUAUCUAGAAAAGAACAAUUAACUCCAAGGGUAUUGAAAGAAGUUUUCCAUCAUCUCAACCAACACUAUACGUUAACGUUAGCUCCACUACAUUCCAGAUUUUACUACAUUGCCAAACCCAAAUUGUACAGGAACAUAUAUGUUUAUUCACCAUGGCCAAUAUACGACGAGCUGAAGAAACCAAAAGAUUGGAAUGAAACUUUUCACAUUUCGAAAAGUCUCAACAACCUCAAGAGCAAAAAGUAUACAAUAAUAUCAUCCGAUACGCUUGAGAGAUAUUUAGCGAAAAUGGACAGGACGCAAGAAAUUUAUCAUUUUGAAUUGUAUGUUUACAAUGUGACAAUGAUUGACUGCAUUCUAAGGCAUUUUACAACAAUUCGCUAUUUUGAAACACUUCUCAACUACAAACCUCCAGAGCCUGGUGAAAGUGCAGAUUAUAAGGUGUACAACUCCCUUGAUCUUUACCAUGAUGUUACUGUUCUUGUUUCCCCUGAUUUUCGACAGUACUCAGAUACUUUCAAGUUGUUUCACAUUCCCUACCGAGAUUUACCUGUCGUUUUGGAAAGCGUUGAUAGGGUAAAGCAAUUGACAGAGAUGGGGCUUCGCUUAGUUCUUGAUUGGCGCCAUAAGCUUUUUCGUUGUACUAUAAAAGUUCCCGUGCUCGAGAUCUACUAUGAAUUCAUGUAUAUGACAGGGAAUUUUAAAUUGAUUGACUAUUUUGACACCAGCUCUCUUAGGGAGUUGUCACUAAAAGGAGAUAUUGACGUGAACACGUUUUUCUCCAACGGUGAUUUAGAAAAAGACUUUCCACAUUUGGUACAAUUAUGUUUAAGGUUAAUCGGUAAAAGACCUUCUGCAGUUCAAGAUCUAAGACAUUUUAGCCAUGGUAAACUAUUAUCCCUUAUUGUGUCAACCCACGCCAAUGCUGAGUGUGAUGCUAGGGCCGUAUGUGAUUUGACCCCCAGGUACCCCAGUAGUUGUAUUAACUGGUGGAUGGAGGAGCCGAUAAAUGGUUCAAUGUUACACACACACAAUAUGAAAGUCUUGAGUCCCAAUCUCCCGUAUGGUACUAUCGGCUAUCAUUUCCAUAGCAAUGAAGAUUUGACAAAAUUUAAACAUACUGUUGUUACUGGCACUGGAGAGGUGGUGGAGGUGAAGUUCAAAAAGUGGUAUACAAAUGAUGAAUUAUACACCAUAUACAUGAAAUCCGCGUGGCCUCCAGAAUUUCGACAUAGUGUUGAGAAAGGUUGCACAAAUUAUUAUACUAGUCCUUAUUGGUAG